UGGCUGCAGACGCCACAUGGUAAAGCAUGGCAGACGACUCCUGCUGCAUCUGUCUGGGUGACAAUGGAGGAAUUCACGAGCACAUUGGAAGCAAUCAGCCUGUACAUAAACAUCCCAGCAUCGUCUUUAUCGCCGGCUCUUCCAGUGGUUCAGCAGUUCAAGAGCUUGCCGGAUUUCUUGAUGUUUCCAGCCUUUCUGGCGUUAAAGAACCAGGAUCAUUACACCUCUGCAUUGCUACAAGAUCGUUUACCGACAGACAUGGAGAUCAUCAAUGCUAUGAUCGCCUUUGUGGAAUUUGGAAAUCAAGCAUGGGAACGAAGUCAUUCAGCUCCUGACGCUCUCAAGUAUGCCAGUCAAAACUGGGCCUUCCAUCUCUCGCUAGCUCCGAAUCCUCAGGACGAUAUGCUCCACCGUACAUUUCAAUCUUUCUGGAGUCGCCAUCUUCUCACCUGGCUUGAAAGGCAGUGGUGUUUGAAAGGUCUACAGUCUUGCCUCGUUGUUUUAUCCGAAGGGCAGAAACUAGCAAAGGUACCUGUGAAAUCCACUUUUGACUUAAACACCACUUCCUAAAGAAAGAUCAUUUUGAUUCCUACCAGGUCGAAAUUCAGCAAAUCAAUAUCCUGAAACCCGGAGAGCCGCUGCUGACGACGAGUUUAAAACGACAAAGGGCCCACACAGGUCCCACGGUUACAACAACCUAUACCGAAGUCAGCUCCUCCAGGUCUUCGGCGAAGAAAAUGCGUACCGAGACCGAGGGAGAAAGGGCUUAUGGAUAAGAGGACAAAAAUCAACCAGGAUCUUCGAUAUAGUCCCCUAGUACCUGGUCCUCCGCGCCCGUAGUCAGACCCUGAUAGAAUGAAGACAGUCGUUCCUUCAGUAUUAGGCCCUUAGACUUUAGUACUACUAGUAGUACCCGAAAAUAUUUUCAGAAUUGUUGGAUCUCUCUCUGGAUUUAUUCGACCAAUACCCCAGGUCUCU